AUGCGUGAAAUGAGGUUUUUCUACAACCCAAAAAGGAGUGAUUCUUGAAACCUGAGUUGCAGCAACUUAAUUGGAGGAAAAGUAUGUGAAGAAAUUCCACCUGGAUAUUAUAAAGUUUGUGCAAUUAGAGAAAAGCUUAGCGCUAGAACUACUCAUCUUGCUAUUACCCCUCUUGAUGUACUCAAAGUUAAUAUGCAAGUUCACCCUAUCAAGUACCAUAGCAUUUCCACAUGCUUUACAACUUUGUUGAGAGAACAAGGUCCCUCGGCCUUUUGGCGAGGAUGGGCCGGGAAAUUUUUUGGCUAUGGUGUUCAGGGUGCUUGUAGAUUUGGUCUGUAUGAAUAUUUUAAGAAAGUAUACUCAAAUGUACUGGUGGAUCAGAACAAGAGUUUGAUAUUUUUCGCCAGCAGUGCAUCAGCUGAAGUAAUUGCUAAUGUGGCUCUCUGCCCAUUUGAGGCCAUUAAAGUUCGUGUGCAAGCUCAGCCUCAUUUCGCGAAAGGUCUGUCCGAUGGCUUUCCAAGAAUAUAUGCAUCAGAAGGCUUCCAUGGGUUAUACAGGGGGCUUGUUCCACUACUGGGUCGUAAUAUACCAUUUUCAAUAGUUAUGUUCUCAACCUUUGAGCACACAGUGAAUUUUCUUUAUAAAAAAUUAAUCCAGAAAAGGAGGGAAGAGUGUUCAAGAGCUCAGCAGCUCAGUGUCACUUGUUUAGCUGGAUAUGCCGCUGGAUCUGUUGGUAGUAUUAUUUCUAACCCCGCUGACAACAUUGUUGCUUCUCUUAACAACAAGAAGGCCAGUACCCUAAAGCUGGCCGUGAAGAAAAUUGGGUUUCUUAAUUUGUUUACAAGAAGUCUACCUAUUAGGAUAAUGCUAGUUGGACCAGUUGUGACUUUGCAGUGGUUGUUCUACGACUCCAUUAAACUAUUAAGCGGAUUGCCGACCAGUGGACAUGUCACCAAAGAUAUAAAGGAAGAGGAGAAGCCUCAAUGUCGUUGAAGAUGAGAGCUGCUACUGAUAUAAUGAGCACGCGAAUAUUUGUGCACCUAAUUUAGCAAAUAGGGUGAGCUCGCGACCCUCUUAACCAACAAAUAAAUCGCUGUACAGGCCAUUUUUUUAUCAGCAAUUAUCUCUAUUUGCUGAGUGAGACACUUGACUAUUUUGAGCUACCUGAAGAAGGUAAAACUGUUUUUCCGCAAAAAGAGGGGCUUUCUCUUAGUCUUGCACUAACUUAUACAACGUCGCUGAAGUUGUUUGUGUCUGUGGCUCGGAUAGAUAGUCGAUUCUACCAGCUAGAGCCAUAGUUCUGGCCGUCGGGUUUUUGAUGAACUGCUCUGAAACCAACAAAAAUGUUGUUUUGCUGUUGGGAGUAUAUGUUAGUUUACAUUAUCCGACUGAUUUUGAUUUCCCAGUUUCUUGUGGCGGAACCAGAAUUUUGAUAAAGCAUGAUGAAUUAACUCAUGUGAUUUGUAUGAUCUUCAAGAUCACACUAUGCUCAAAUGAGCACCUUAUUGUUUAUGCUUUAAAGUUUCUGUCGAGGAUCUAUCUAAAACAACUAAUCUCGAUUUUGGUUC